AUGGCCGACGUCUGGGGCAACGGAGCGGGUAGUCCUUCUCAGGACGACUACGAUGAGGACGACAUUAUCACAAGUGAGGACUGCUGGACCGUCAUUCAGUCCUUCUUCGACUCAAAGGGUCUGGUCUCGCAACAGCUCGACUCUUUCGAUGAGUUUGCCGGCACUACCAUGCAGGAUAUCAUCACCGAGCAAGGCCGUAUUGUUAUCGAUCAGAAUGCGCCGCAAGACGACAACGAAAUCGACCCCAUCGUAAAGCGCCGCUACGAAAUCGAGUUCGGAAACAUCACCAUCUCUCAAGCCGCCAUCACCGAAGGUGACGGUUCCACUCGCCCUCUCUACCCCAACGAGGCUCGCCUACGUAACUUGACCUACUCAAGUCCCAUCUAUCUUGGCAUGACCAGCCGCGUUCUGGUCGCCCGUGAAAGACGCGUCAACGCAGCACAACACGAUGAAGACGACCCGGACCAUGUGCCGAACGAGGAUGAGGAGACUGAGUUGGUGUGGGAAAGGGAGGACCCUCAUGCCGUCGAGAAGGAGGAGCGCGUCUUCAUUGGAAAACUGCCCGUCAUGAUCAAGUCCAAGAUUUGCACCCUCCGCAAUCGCUCCGAACAAGAGCUUUACGCCUUCCAAGAGUGCCCCUACGAUCAAGGUGGUUACUUUAUCAUCAACGGUUCAGAAAAGGUUCUCAUCGCACAAGAGCGCAGUGCCGCCAACAUUGUUCAGGUCUUCAGAAAGAAGGGCAGUCCCACACCAAUCGUCGCCGAGAUUAGAAGUGCCAUCGAGAAGGGCACCCGAUUGCUUUCGUCCAUGCAGCUGAAGUGGUUCCAAAAGGGAGAGGCGAGAAAGGGUGGUCAUCUGGGUGGCACCAUUAAGGCUACCUUGCCCUACAUCAAGGCUGAUAUUCCCAUUGCUAUCGUUUUCCGUGCGCUUGGUAUCGUUUCGGACAUGCAAAUUCUUGACUGCAUUUGCUAUGAUGCGAACGACACACAGUUGCGCGAGAUGAUCAAGCCAUGUUUGGAAGAAGCUUUCGUCGUCCAAGACCGUGAAUACGCACUUGAUUUCAUCGGCAAGCGUGGUCAGCAGCAAGGAACAAAAGAAAAGCGUAUCCGUUACGCCCGCGACAUCUUGCAGAAGGAGUUCCUGCCUCAUAUCUCGCAACGAGAGGGCAGUGAGACCAGAAAGGCUUUCUUCCUUGGUUACAUGAUCAACCGAAUGUGUCAAGUCGCCCUCGGCAGAUGCGAUGAAGACGACAGAGAUCACUUCGGCAAGAAGCGUCUUGACCUGGCUGGUCCUUUGAUGGCCCAGGUCUUCCGCCUCAAGUUUACGCAGCUUGUGCGUGACAUGCGUGUCUACCUCUCUCGCUGUAUUGAACAGGGCAGAGACUUUAAUCUCACUCUCGCUGUCAAGUCGAACAUCCUUACGUCAGGUCUGCGUUACUGUUUGGCCACUGGUAAUUGGGGCGAUCAGAAGAAGGCUGCCUCGGCAAAGGCUGGUGUGUCGCAGGUUUUGAAUCGUUACACAUAUGCUUCCACGCUAUCACAUUUGCGACGAACGAAUACACCAAUCGGUCGUGACGGUAAGAUUGCCAAACCUCGCCAACUGCACAACACUCAUUGGGGUCUCGUCUGCCCUGCAGAGACACCCGAAGGACAGGCUUGUGGCCUGGUCAAGAACUUGUCUCUUAUGUGUUACGUCAGUGUUGGUACUCCUGCAGAGCCCAUCGUCGAGUUCAUGAACCAGCGAAACAUGGAGCUCCUGGAAGAGUAUGAGCCCAAGAACAACCCCGACGCCACCAAGGUGUUUGUCAACGGUGUCUGGGUUGGUGUCCACAGAGACCCUUCUCAGCUCGUCAAGGUUGUUCAAAGUCUUCGUCGUAAUGGCACCAUCUCCUUCGAAAUCUCUCUCAUCAGAGAUGUUCGUGAAAGAGAGUUCAAGAUCUUCACUGAUGCUGGACGUGUCAUGAGACCGCUGUUCGUUGUCAACAAUGACCCUGCCAGUCCGAACAAGGGCCAGCUCGUUCUCAACAGACAGCAUGUCUCCAGUCUUCUCAAUGCAAGAGAGACCGAGACUGCUGGUUUGAGCGAAGAAGAGCGUGAUGAAUCAAUCUACGGUUGGAAGAACUUGAUCAGCGAGGGAGUUAUCGAAUACCUGGACGCGGAAGAAGAAGAGGCUGCUAUGAUGAUCAUGACUCCUGAAGACCUUGACGAGCAUCGCCAGAUGAGAGCUGGCCUUAUCUACGAAGAGCCAGUCACUGACCCUCACCGAAGAAUCAAGAGUAGACCCAACCCGAACGUCAGGAUAUGGACUCAUUGCGAGAUUCACCCUGCCAUGAUUCUUGGUAUUUGCGCUUCUAUCAUUCCCUUCCCCGACCACAACCAGUCGCCUCGUAACACCUACCAGUCUGCCAUGGGUAAACAGGCCAUGGGUAUUACCCUGACCAACUACAACGUGCGCAUGGACACCAUGGCCAACGUUCUUUACUACCCCCAGAAGCCUCUUGGUACCACACGUUCUAUGGAAUAUCUCAAGUUCAGAGAAUUGCCUGCUGGUCAAAACGCCAUCGUCGCCAUCGCUUGUUACAGUGGUUACAACCAAGAAGAUUCCGUCAUCAUGAACCAGUCUUCGAUUGAUCGUGGUCUCUUCCGCUCGCUGUUCUACCGUGCUUACAUGGAUCAAGAGAAGCGUGUCGGUAUGUCAGUUGUGGAACAAUUCGAGAAGCCUACUCGCGGAGACACCAUGAGAAUGAAGCACGGAACCUACGACAAGCUGGACGAUGACGGUAUCAUUGCGCCUGGAACCCGUGUUUCUGGUGAGGAUAUCAUCAUCGGCAAGACUGCACCUAUGGCACCCGAUGCCGAAGAGCUUGGUCAGCGUACGAAGUUCCACAUCAAGCGUGACGUUUCAACUCCUUUGCGUUCCACAGAGAGCGGUCUCAUCGAUCAGGUACUUCUCACAACCAACGUCGAGGGUCUCAAAUUCGUCAAGGUUCGUACGCGAACAACGAAGAUUCCCCAGAUCGGUGACAAGUUUGCUUCUCGUCACGGUCAAAAAGGUACCAUCGGUAUUACCUACCGUCAAGAAGACAUGCCUUUCACUGCCGAUGGACUUGUUCCUGAUAUCAUCAUCAACCCUCACGCCAUUCCCUCUCGUAUGACCAUUGCUCAUUUGAUCGAAUGUUUGCUGUCCAAGGUUGGUUCGCUUCGUGGUCAGGAAGGUGAUGCCACUCCCUUCACCGACGUUACUGUCACUCAGAUUUCCGACCUGCUUCGUCAGCACGGUUUCCAACAGCGUGGUUUCGAAAUCAUGUACAACGGCCACACUGGUAGAAAGAUGCCUGCCCAGGUAUUCUUGGGACCUACCUAUUACCAGCGUCUCCGUCAUAUGGUCGAUGACAAGAUUCACGCUCGUGCUCGUGGUCCUACCCAAAUCCUGACUCGUCAACCUGUGGAAGGUAGAGCACGUGAUGGUGGUCUGCGUUUCGGAGAGAUGGAACGUGAUUGUAUGAUCGCUCACGGUGCUUCGGCUUUCCUGAAAGAAAGACUGCUCGAUGUUUCGGAUGCUUUCCGCGUCCACGUUUGCGAGAUCUGUGGUCUUAUGACUCCUAUUGCUUCCCUCAAGAAGAACCAGUUCGAGUGCAGACCUUGCAAGAACAAGACCGAGAUCGCACAAAUCAUCAUCCCCUACGCCGCCAAGCUCAUGUUCCAAGAACUUGCAGCCAUGAACGUGGCUACGCGCAUGUACACCAAGCGCAGCGGUGUCAGCAUCAGAUGA